GCUGAAACUUCGGGCUUGGUUGGCUAAUAUAGCAGUGUGCAAAGACAGCAUGUUCUUGCUUCUUUGGGAAUCUUGAUCACCUCACUCCUUCCAGAAGCAACCAGCUGAUGUCUUGGCUCACUGUCUGCCUGAGUGAAUGUCCACAACAGCAUGUGACUGGGUGUCCUCAAAUGAGAGGGGUCUCGCCAGGUCUCUCUGUUGAUUUGUUUUUAUACAUCCUUUCUUUGCUUGAUCAUGUGGUAGUUUGGGCUGCAGUCGGGAGGCUCUGGAGCCAGGUUCAUCCUAGGACUAUGGCAACUCAGGAAGCCACUCCAGGAAGCCAAUCAGAGGAGAGCAAUGCUUUGACCUUGCCAUCAGCUUAUGACAUAAGGGAUUACGUGUUGCAGAGACCCAGCCUGGAGGCCAACAGUGAGGCUUUUAGUUCUGAGGAAGCCCUUUCUGUUCCUUGCUCUUCUGAUACGGAUCCAGAGCAUGCAGCUACUAAGAAAAUGUGGGCCUUAAUGAAGAUGAAUUCAACAUUGGCAGUAAGUAGGAUAGGUACCCAGGAGUGGAAUUUCUGAGUCACGUGGUAGUUCUCCUUUUAGUUUUCUGAGAAAACUCCAUACUGUUUUCUACAGUGGCUGCACCAAUUUACAUUCCCAUCAGCAGUGUAUGAGGGUUCCCUUUUCUCCACAUCCUCAUGACAAGAUCCAUUAAGUUCAUGACCUCCUACCUCAAGUUGAGCCUCCUUACUGCCCAUCCAUCACACACUAUUUUCCUAAAAUGUUCAUCCUCCUGCCCUCUUGGAUGACUUUGUAGUAUCUUCUUCUUUCUUUGCAAACCCCCAUUACCUCCUUCAACCUCUCUCUCAGCUGAUAAUCUUGGUUUCCUAUUUAAUCAAGAAAACAGAAGCACUCAAGAGAAUGAGCACACACUCACACUUCACACCCAUCAGCUUCCUUCCCUCCUGUUUCCGUGGGAGACCCAUCCCUGCCUGUCCUUCUCUUCCUGUCUGCUUUCACCUACUCAGGGUCAUCACUUCUAGUAAUCUCCUGCAUCAUUGAUCCCACCUCUGCUGAUCAUUCUCAUGAUCAUACAAACAUGCUUUAAUAGCUCCCAUCUUAACAAAAUGCCCACCCUAGACCCCAAAUCCCCAUCUUGUUACAGACUCAUUCCUCUGUUCUCUUCUACAGAAAACCUUCAGAAGAGUCAUCUACACCUGUUGUCCCCAGUUCAUCUCCUCCCAGUUCCUCCUAAAACCCUCCAACCUGGCUUCUGUCUCCAUCACUGCAUGGAAAUAGCUCUUGUCAAGGUCAUGACUUCCACAUUGUUAAAUCCAGUGGUCACUUCUCAAGCAUUCUCCUUCUUGAUCUGUCAGCAGCAUUGACUUUUUUCCUUCUUAAAUUCUUUCUUCAGUGGGCUUUCUGGGAAGCAGCAUCUUAUGGUUUUUUUCUUUUCUGUCUUAUUUGUUCUCAGUUUUCUUUGCCUGAUUCCUUCCUCUCCAGCCCCUUAGUGUUGGAGAGCCCAGGGCUGAGUCCUCAGCUCUCCUCUCUGUCAUCACACCCUUCCCUGAGUGAUCUUAUCCAGUCUCGGGGCCUUAAAUGCUCUCAGUACCCCGUUCAGUCCCAGAUUUCUCUCUCUAGUUUGGAUCUCUGUCUUGACAUUUAUACUAUCUAUGUAUUUCACAUCAUCACUUAGAUUUCUAUUAGACCUCCUAAAUUUGACAUAUCCUAAACCAAAUUCCUGAUUCCUCUACCCUCUCAUAUAUACAUAGACACACCUGUUCUUUGAGGCUUUCUCAUCUCAAAAAAGUGCUUCCAUCCUUCUGUUCACUUAGGCAGAAACCUGGAAUUCAUCCUCAACUUCUUUCUUUCUCUUUAAUCUCACAUCUAGCUAUCAGCAAAUCCUGUCAGCUCUCCUUUGCCUCCACUGCCACCACCCUGGUCCCUGCCAGUAACAUCUGUCUUCUGGAUUAUUGUUAUUCUCAUAACUAGCUUUUCUCACAUCUGCUCUUUAUCCUCCUAUCGUUUCUUCUUCUUUUUUAAAAAAUUUUAUUUAUUUCUAUUAUUAUCUUUAAUGCAAUAUAUAAAAGCAGAGAAACUUCAUUCAUAAAUUGUGCUUUCACAUAUUCAUAUAGAAACUAUAUGGAAAUACAUAUACAUGGGCUUAGAAAUAUUUUACUUUUCAUGCAGGAAUUCCAGUUCUGUUAACCAAAACUAAAGAAAUAAUUCAUAAUAAAAAUAAGCUUUGUGUAUAGUGACAUCUAUAAUUACAGUAAAUUGUCAUUAAAUUAAGCAUUGAACAGGGACUUCCAUGGUGGUGCAGUGGUUAAGAAUCCUCCUGCCAAUGCAGGGGACACAGGUUCGAUAACUGGUCCAGGAAGAUCUGACAUGCCAUGGAGCAACUAAGCCCACGAGCCACAACUACUGAG